CUACGUGCAGGCAGACAUGAGCAUUCCCUGACCAUAAAAAAGAGGAAGUUUCCUGAUCCAUUCAAAACAAGAACAGUCUGCUGCUGCUGGAGCCGGUGAUGGAGAUGGUGAUGAUGCUUGUGCUGAAGAGUCUGUGCGUAAUCCUCCUCACGCCGGCGCUGGUGGAGGCUCAGUAUGAAAAGUACAGCUUUAAAAGUUUCCCUCAGAAGGACAUCAUGCCUCUGGACUCUGCGUACGGCUACGCACUGGAUCAGUACGCACAGCAGAACUGGGCAGAGAGCAUCAAGUACCUGGAGCUGAGUCUGCGCCUCCAUCGGCUCCUGCGGGACAGCGAGUCCUUCUGCAGCUCCCACUGCAGCUCCGUGAUCCGGGACAACGACACCCUGUCCGUGGACAACAGCCUCCGCGUAGUCCGGCACAUCCUGCUGAGGGCUGCGUGUCUGAAAAAGUGCAAGGCAGACUUUCCCGUGUUUAAUAACGCGUACCCACGAAGAGAUUUACUGGAAACUUUCGAGAAACGGAUACCAUACCGGUACAUCCAGUAUGCGUACUUCCAGCUUAACAACGUAGAAAAGGCCGUGGCGGCAACACACACCUUCCUGAAGAAGAACCCGAAGGAUCCACAUCUGCGCAAGAACAUGGACUACUACAAGACCAUAUUUGAUGUUGACGAGUACCUCAUCGACCACGAGGAGCAGCCGUAUGAAAGUGUGUUCCUGAAAAGUGUGACGCUCUACAACAACGGAGACUUCAGCAGCAGCGCCCGAAACAUGGAACAGGCCAUCACGCAGUAUUUUGAGAUCUACGACCUGUGUUUGGCAGGCUGCGAGGGCUCGUACGAGAUCUUAGAGUAUAAAGACUUUUAUCCAACGUUAGCAGAUUUGUACAUUAAUGUGCUUAAAUGCAAGGUCAAAUGUGAAGAUGAGCUAACACCCAGCGUCGGAGGCUUCUUUGUGGAGAAGUUUGUAGCCACCAUGUAUCACUACCUCCAGUUCUCCUACUAUAAAUUGAAUGAUGUAAAAAACGCUGCUCCGUGUGCGGCGAGCUACAUGCUUUUCGACUCCAAGGACCAAGUGAUGCAACAAAAUGUAGUGUACUACCGCUUCUACCGGGAGCAGUGGGGGCUGGAGGACAACGACUUCCAGCCUCGUCCUGAGGCUCUGAGGUAUUUUAACCAAACAACCAAACAGAAGGAGAUGCUGGAGUUUGCACUGAACUAUCUACAAACAGAUGAUGAGGAUGUGGUGAGUCCGGAGGAGACGGCCACGGGUCCGUCUGAGAACCUGGACACAGAGUUCGAGGGGAUGGGAGACUACGAGGAGUCCUUCCUGGCCGACUGGUGGCAAGAACCUAAAACUAAGUUUGACACUGGAGAAACAGACUGACCUCCAUCCAUGUUCAGAACACUUCUUCAUCCUGCUCUGUCCCACCUCGCAUUACACCCAAGAAUGUUGACACCCCACCCCCCCACCCCUCAGACAGACAGACAGACAGACAGACAGUAUUCAGCAAAAAAAAGCACAAACUCUUCUACCAUGUUGAUCCAGAUCAGAGGUCGACAUAUUCUGUCUUGGCUGUCAUCAGCCUUUUAUGAUCCUUUCUUCCACCUGUAUUCCUGAGUGUGUUGGAGGUGUGUACAGUCUAUGUGUUAUUUACUGUUUUAAUUUAAUGAAAGCUGAAUGCCUCAGUGUCUCUGUGAUGAAUAAGGAAGGUGACAUGAAACUUUUCUUAUGCCAAAUGAUUUUUCAAGCACACAUUUGGUCAUUGUUGUUAUAAGGCAUCAGUUGCUCAUAAUUAAAAUAAUAUUUUAAUAUA